UCUGACAGCAGCAGACAUGGCAGACCCGAUCAAAACUCUCCUCUACACUGUCAACCAUCUCCUACAGCAGGAAAAGUACAAGGCAGCCUUGGCAGUUGUUAAAGGAUUCAGAAACGGCGCCGUAUAUGGGGCCAAGAUCCGAGCACCACACGCGCUGGUGAUGACGUUUCUGUUUCGGAGUGGCAGUUUGAAAGACAAGCUCAGAGCCAUUUUAAAGGCCACAUACACCCACUCCCGGAACCUGGCAUACUUUGUGUUUACAUACAAAGGACUACAAGCCUUGCAGCAGAAGAUCCAGGGCAAGAGUUUGCAGUCACACUCCUUUCUGGCCGCCUGCGUCGGAGGAUGGUUGGUGUUUGGAGACAACAACAACAUAAACAGUCAGAUCAACAUGUAUCUGCUGUCCAGAAUCCUGUUUGCCUUGUCUCGGCUGGCUGUGGAGAAAGGAGUUGUCCCUGCACCAAAGCACGACCCUUUCCCCUUGUUUGCCACACUGGUUUGGGGGAUUGUUUUGUGGCUCUUUGAGUAUUACCCACACACUCUCCAGCCCUCGCUGCAGUCGUCAAUGAACUACCUCUAUCACGACAGCAACGUGUGGCACGACAUCUCAGACUUCCUUGUUUAUAACAAGCCCAGGACUGCCUCUCAGAAAUGAAGCUGUAGCUUUUAUCAUCUCUGUAAUGCUGUCAACGAAUCAUCAUUUCUUUUAUAAUCAAUAAUCCAAAUGUAAUUGAAUGUUACUUUUAGAAGUCUGAUAUUGGAUCACUGUAUUAU